UCGCAGAGAAGUAUCACGGUAGCUGCUGCCAACUAUCCAGGCGGUAUUCGAUGCUACACUAAGACUCCUGGGGGAGAGGUUCGCGAGGCCUCUCUCGAGUUCUCGGACUAUGUCCUGUCCAAGGCAAUGGGAAAUGGGACAUCAGAUGUCCUCGCCUCCGGUGCUGGCUGGAAGUCGAGCACAUCGCCCUUCAAGUGCCACCCGCAGAGCGCUCUUUGCACUGUUUCUUGGGACGAGAAGGGCCAGUCUGUCUUCUAUCAGGACGAGGCUGGUACACUACGCGAGCAAAGAUCUACGGAAAGCAAGGGCUGGAAGCAGACUGAUCUCAACCAAAAGAAUAUCAAACUUGGCAGCAAGAUCGCGGCCGUUUCCUCGCCAAAACAGGCGAAGGUCAUACUCUUCUACCAGAACGUGCAUGACAACAUUUGCGCUCUGUGCGUAUCACGAGCAGUCCUGUGGGAAUAUUGCUUGACAUUAGCUCAGAACCUGCGAGAAUGGCCGUUGGAAGGAUUCUAUUGCGCUGCCCUGCGAUGCGGCCUAUGCCUACACCGGCAUUGGCGCCGCUGA